AUGGGACUCGUGCUGCUCAUCGCCGUCCCGCUGCUGCUGCAGGCGGCCCCGGAGAGCGCGGCGCACUACGAGAUGAUGGGCACCUGCCGCAUGAUCUGCGACCCCUAUAGCAGCGCCAGCGCCCGGGCCGGCGGCCCCAGCAGCACGGCCGCCGUGGAGGCGCUGCAGGACCUGAGCGCCAACCCCCCGCCGCCCUUCCUCCCGGGACCCAAGGGGGAGCCCGGCCGGCCGGGCAAGCCGGGGCCCCGGGGCCCGCCAGGGGAGCCGGGCCCCCCAGGUCCCAGAGGGCCGCCCGGAGAGCGGGGAGACCCGGGCAAGCCGGGGCUGCCGGGGCUGGCGGUGGCCGGGGCUGGCGCGCCCGGGGCGGCAGGGGGCGGCGGUGGCCCCGGGGCGGGCGCCGCGGGGGAGGUGAGCGGGGCGCUGAGCGCGGCCUUCAGCGGCCCCCGGAUCGCCUUCUACGUGGGGCUGAAGAGCCCCCACGAGGGCUACGAGGUGCUCAAGUUCGACGACGUGGUGACCAACCUGGGCAACCACUACGAGCCGGCCACGGGCAAGUUCAGCUGCCAGGUGCGGGGCAUCUACUUCUUCACCUACCACAUCCUCAUGCGCGGCGGGGACGGCACCAGCAUGUGGGCGGAUCUCUGCAAGAACGGCCAGGUGCGGGCGAGCGCCAUUGCGCAGGAUGCCGAUCAGAACUAUGACUAUGCCAGCAACAGCGUGGUGCUGCACCUGGACUCGGGGGACGAGGUGUACGUCAAGCUGGACGGAGGCAAAGCACACGGUGGCAACAACAAUAAGUACAGCACUUUCUCUGGCUUUCUUUUAUACCCCGAUUAAAAGUGUGGCCAAUUGCAUUGUAGCCACCGCCCCACCACUGUCAGUUUCGUGUCAUUCUCAAUUUGUACAUUUGAUUGGUGGAAACAAACCAAGCGAGCCCCCCAUCCCAUCCCUUGGUGUAUCUCUGUCCUUGUGUUUGUUACACCAUGAGAUCAGCUGCUUGAAACUGACUGGCACCUUAGUUCCAUGAGUGUAUAAAAGAUUCCAGGGUAAAACUGUCACUCACACUAAGUUAGAGCUUAUCAGUCUUGAUACAUUUUGCUUUAUUAUUAUCAUCUUGAUUGACUGAUUGAUCUGAAGAGUGGGACUGAAUUAUUACACGCAUCGGUUCUUCUUAUGCUGUUUGUUUGUUUGUAUGGGGUGAAGUGUAACUUUCUUCUUUCCUUUUCCAUGCAAUACUGGUGUGAGUGAUGAUGUAAUGAACGUCAAGUCUCUAUUCCCGUCUGGCAAACAA